GCGAAAAAUAAGAUACGCCUACCCAAAAAGCCAUUCCUAGUCACUCUCAACAACGCCAACUGGAAACCAUACAAUACCAAAACAAGCACCUCGCUCAACUCAUCAAACAGAAAAGACAACAUGGAAGCAACUGAUAAAAAGAGACCAAACGAGACUGGUGGGUAUUAG